AUGGCUCUGCGCUACCCGAUGGCCGUGGGCCUCAACAAGGGCCACAAGGUGACAAAGAACAGGAGCAAGCCAAGGCACAGCUGCCACCGUGGGCACCUCAUCAAGCACACCAAGGUCGUGCGGGACAUGAUCCGAGAGGUGUGUGGCUUUGCCCCCUCUGAGUGGCGUGCCAUGGAGCUGCUCAAGGUUUCUAAGGACAAUAGGGCCCUGAAAUUCAUCAAGAAAAGGGUGGGGACACACAUCCGUGCCAAGAGGAAGAGAGAGGAGCUGAGUAAUGUCCUUGUAGCCAUGAGGAAGGCAGCAACCAAGAAGGACUGA